CCACCACAACAGAUAAUAGCCUAUGUCUUGCUGUUUGACAUGCAGUAUCAAAUUCUCCAGCCAAAGAAAUUAUUAAGAUAACAAACUGUAAAAAUAAAAUCACAGUCUUUAUUAAUGGAUGUAGUUUGCUCAGAUGAUAGAUAUAAUUUAACAGUUAUAAUUUAGCAGCCAGCAACCACAGACUGUAACAGAACAGUAGUUAUUCUUUGAAAUUAAUAGAGUUGUUUGUAGCCCAUCGUUUGCUGUUACAUUUACUUUUAUUUUAUCUUAUCUACCAGGACACUUUGAUCAUUCUACUGGAGCAGAAGGUGAAGAUGAACGGGGUGGUAACACAGCGGCACAUGGGGCCUUUUCUACCAGAAAUUACUGCCCACAGCAACAAACAGAGGCGAAGUACUCAGUACAGCAGGAUGAAGCAGAAGAAGGGGUCUCUCCAAACCGGAUCACUAUCAGACUCUCAGAUCCUCUCCAAGACAGAGAUUGCACUGUUCAGAAGCAGUCGAAAGCAGAACAUCUGUGUGGAGAUGCUUCAAGAAGGCUAUCACAGGUCGUUCUCUGAGCUGUUCGGACUGCUGAGCUCUGAUCAGGAUCGGAGGAUUGCGGCUGAACCAGGUUCAGCUGUCAGGCUUCAGACUCCGCUGGACGAACAAUGGGAUAAACUGGAGACAAUGAGACUGCACCUGUGCCAGGCCGAGCAGGCUGAAAGGAUCGGUUCCUGGUCGGUGGUGUGUGAACAGCGUCUGGUUUUGGGUCAGUACUUCUCGGCUCCGGAGGACCUCUGGCUCAGUUUUCAUUUCUACCACAGCUGUGUAGACAGAAAGCAAGGAGGCUGUUCGAGACCAGCAACAGAGGCCCGGGCAUGCAUGGCUGAGCUCUACCUGCAACAAGGUGAGCUGGAGCAGGCGAGGCAACAGGCAGAGCAGUGCAUCAAGCAGGCAGAAGACGGCGGCUGGAUAGACUCAGCCGGUCGGCCCCUGAGGCUCCUGGCCCGCCAAGCACUGUGGAGGAUUUACAGCCGGCUGGCCGACGCUUCGCUGGAUGCCAAAGACUACAACGAGGCCCUGAAGCUGCUCCACAAGGGCUACAGCACGGCUGCUGAGUCUGAAGACAAACAGAUCGAAGGGGAGGCCUCCUAUCGACUGGGACUGACCUAUCAGAAUGCAGGACACCAUGACACAGCCAAACAGUUUUUCAACACUUGCAUUCAGAUAUACGGCACACUGCAGGAUGAAGACAAACUGGGAAGGUCCUACAUGGAUAUGGCCAAGUCUUUAGAGAGUGAGGGAAACAUAGAUGAGACAGUCCAGUGUCUGAACAAGUUAGCUGACAUUUCCCGUAACAACGGACUGCAGAACAACCUGGUGGACGCCUACCUGUAUCUGGGAAAUAUCUACUAUACGAUGGGUCAGUAUGAGAGAGCUUGUGAGUACUUCCUGCAGGGUUAUGAAGUUGCCUGCGACCUGGAGGAUGUGGCUCUGCUGCAGAAAGCACAGGUGUUGGUGGCCAGUGCUCGCGCUCACUCCCUCAUCAGGAAAUACAGCGCUGACGUGGUGUCGGCCACGCCUACCGCCGUGCGCCGCCUCUUGGCCUGGAAAGAGACCAGAGGACGUCAGGAAAUCAGCACAGACUCAACAGAUAAUACUGCUGCUGUCUGGUACUAACUCAUCACCAGCAGAGGAGGCGGUUAGUCCUUUCUGUACAUCAGAGGUUUCUGAGCAGAGGAAAUAACGAAGAGGAGGAGGAUGAAGGGCAAAAUGUCACCAAAUACAAAACCCUCCAUCUCAGCCAGAAAAGGCCGUGAUGCUGAACUUGAAUAGUUUGUUACUCUAGAAGUCUUUGUAGAUGCUAAGCUUGAAACAGAGGCCAGUUUGAUAGUUUGUAGAGAAAUUCUGAAUAGUUAUUUGAAUGCUAUCUAAAUUUGUUAUACAAUAUUUUUUCAGAAAAGCAUCUGUCAUAUUUUUUUCACAUUUAAAUUUUUAAUUUGUGAACAGUUUUAUAUUGUUU